AUGUACACCACCAUGAAGCUCGUCCCUGCCAUCCUGGCCGUCGGUGCCUCGGUCGCCUCGGCCCAGUCCAGCAUCUGCUCGACUGCGACCUACACGAUCACCAGUGCCGCCGAGGCCACGGCCAUUCCCUGCAGGACCAUGGAGUCCAUUGAGAUCUCCUCCGACCUCACCGGUGCCGUGACCAUUGACGGUCCCACCCGCCUCAAGGGCAACCUCGUUGUCAACAACGCCACCCAGCUCGUCAGCCUGGCCAGUUCUUCGCUCACCACGAUUGACGGCCGCUUCGAGCUGGUUGGACUCGAGCUGCUGAACGACGUCCGAUUCACUGCCCUGACGGCUGUUGAAACCAUUGAGUGGGUUACGCUCCCUGCUCUUGGCACUGUCGUCUUCGGUACCGCCGGUGUCACCAGUGCCAGCAGUGUCCGUAUUUCCAACACUGAUCUCCGCUCGCUCGACGGACUCAACCUCGCUUCCGUCGACGAGAUGUACAUCAACAACAACGACCGUCUGCUGUCUUACAGCACUCAGCUCGCCAACGUCUCCAAGAAGCUCGAGAUUGACUCCAACGGCCCCGCCCUCAAUGUCACUCUUGCCAACCUUAUCUGGGCUCAGGAGCUCAUUAUCAACAACGCCGCCAGCGUCCUGGUUCCUUCCCUCGAGGUCAUCAACGGCUCCAUGCGUUUUGACCAAAACAGCUUCACCACUUUCACUGCCCCCAACCUGACCGAGUUUAAGGAGGGUGAUAUUUCUUUCAUCAACAACCCUGAGCUUACCAACAUCUCCUUCCCUCUGCUCGAGACCCUCGGUGGAUCCCUCACCAUUGUCAACAACUCCCGCCUCACCGGUAUUGACGGCUUCCCUGAGCUUAAGGAGAUUGGUGGCGCUGUCCUUCUUGGCGGCGACUUCGAGUCCGUCGAGCUUCCCUCUCUUGAUGACGCCCGUGGUGCUUUCGACGUUCGCAGCACUGAGAACAUUGACGAGUCUUGCAAGUUCUUCGACGACAUGGAGGGCCGCCAGAUCCGCGGCGAGUACAACUGCAGGGGCGGCGACGAGAAUGCCAACGAGGCCAACUCUACCAGCGGCGGCUCCAGCGGCAACGGUGGCUCCAGCAACAACAACAACAAUGGCAGCGGCAGCGCCAUGCUUGGUACCAACAUGGCCGCCCUCGUCACCGUGGCCGUCAUUGGCGGUCUCGCUCAGCUCAUGCUGUAA